GCAGCUCAAGCAUCUGUAACAGGGGAGGGCACGGGGAACAUUCUUUACUCCAAGCACAGUGUAUGGCAUCAAAGGACUACAUACCGACCAUCUGUGACAUCGUAGCGCAUACUCGUUUUUACUGUGAUACGGACACAGGAGAUACUGACAAGGGAUGAAUUCUCUUCCACCCCGUGGAUGCGCCCUAACCGUGUCCAAUGGAUCUCCCCGGCAUCAGCAACGCGAGCGUGGACAACAUGUCGGGCUCGGGCUUCAUUUUAGAGAUCGUGACCAUCAAAGCCGUUGUAAACAGCCUGAGCACUCAGGCCAGCAACUACACAGCCGCGGGCGAGGUGCCCAGCAACACCCCGGUGAGGAGUUCGGAGGGGAACUCGGUUCUCCAGGGCAUCGCGGUGGCCGCGCAGGCGCUGCUGCUCCUGGCCAUCUUCUUACUGUCCAGUCUGGGUAAUUCAGUGGUCGUGGUGGUUAUAAUCAAACACAGGCAGUUGAGAACGGUCACUAACGCGUUCAUCAUGUCCCUGUCCCUCUCCGAUUUCCUCACGGCCGUUCUUUGCUUACCCUUCUCCUUCAUGAUGCUCUUCAGCAAGGAUGGCAAGUGGAUGUUUGGGGAUCCCUUUUGCGUCGCCAACGGCUUCUUCAACACCUGCUUCGGCAUCAUCUCCACCCUGACCAUGACUCUCAUCUCAUUCGACCGCUAUUAUGCUAUCGUCAGGCAGCCGCAAGCUAAAAUCGGCCGCAGGAGAGCGAUCCAGCUCCUGACGGCCGUUUGGUUCUGCGCGGUGGUCUUCUCGUUUCCUUGGUACCUGCUUAUGGAGACCUCCAGGCGCUUGGUGGUGCACAAACCGGGGUUUUACCAUUGCAUGUACGUGUUCCACUCUGGCACCUCCAGGAUGGGCACUGCAUACAGCGUAGCUUUAAUAGUAGCGUGUUACCUGCUUCCCUUCGCCCUCAUGUGCUUCUGCCACUACAACAUCUGCAAAACCGUCCGGCUGUCGGAGAUCAGGGUGCGGCCGGUGACCACUUACGCGCACCUGUUGCGCUUCUACAGCGAGAUGCGCACCGCCACCACCGUGCUCAUUAUGAUCGUGUUCAUCAUCUUCUGCUGGGGGCCCUACUGCCUGAUGGGCAUCAUCACCGCGCUCGGGAGCUACUCCUUCAAUCCUGCUAUGGAUACCGUGGCCAUCUUGAUGGCGUGGGCUAACGGUGCCAUCAACCCGCUGAUUUACGCCAUAAGGAACCCGAAUAUAUCCAUGCUGUUGGGUCGGAGCAGAGAGGAGGGAUACAGGACUAGAAACAUCGCCGCGUACCUGUCCACGCAGACGCAGCGCAGGGACUCGGUCCGGAACCGGGCGGACCGGAUUAGAGACCGGUACGUGAGCCGCCACGGCGCAAACAGCCGUCUGUCUUCCUCCAGCCCGGCCAACGGCGGAGAUGUGGCCAUGUGGGCCUGUAAAAACCCGGCGGUGUUCUUCUGUAGAGAUGCGCAUCCGGAUACGAUCACUGAACCAGCGGUGCCCAAAGUUGAGACUGCUGACACCAGUUUGUAACGCGCGCACACAUUAUGAUAACGACGGGAGGAGCUACAGGUGGACAGUGGGACCUUACUUAAAAUUACUUAAAAAUGUCAAAUUUCGUUUAUUGCAUUGGAUAACAAAAUGUCAAGUCAGGUUUAAACAUUUAACAAACUUUUCUAAUGCAAUGAUAUUAAUACAUCAAGUGUAAGUAUAAUUCAUUUAGAAUGGAACUCUUUUGAGUUCCUUUACUUUCAAACUUCUUUUAUGAUUUUAUAUGACAUUCACAUUGUUUGCAUUUACCAGAGGCUGUUUAGCCUAUUGAUAUUUGGCUCAUACAGUAAACAUAUAGCCUAUUUUAUUAGAGACCCUUAAUAUAAUUUUUUGUUAAGUGACAUUUAUGCUGGGUUUUUUUUUUUAUCUUUCUUUCCUUGGGCCAUUUUAUCUUAAAAGAGCAAAAGUGUUUUAUUAAAUAUUCUGUUAAAUAAUUAAGCUUUUGACAAAAGGAGCUGACAAUCACCAACCUUUACGUUGUUGAUCACAUUAAAUAAAAAUGUGAUCUUUUCUGUAGGGUCUCACUUUUGCUAUAUAUAGCUAAUGCAAAUUUGUACAAAUUUGCAGAUUUUUUUAAUGUUUUUAUUUAUUUAUUUAUUUAUUACGUUUUUGUAGUUUUUUUUUAUAACGAUUUGUUCUUAUGUAUUUUAUGACAGCAGUAGUACCUCCCUUCAGAUUUCAGUAAAUCAUAGGCAUUUAAAUAAACUGGAACACUAAUCAAAGUUUCAUGUCAGUUCCAAAUAUCUGAUUGUACAUUACCUAAUAAUAUUAUUAUGUUGUAUGAUGUUUAAAUGAGCAUUAUUUUGUGUGUAUUUUUAAAGCUGAAGUAUGUAGACUAAUAUAGACGUCACUGGCACCACAGCAAACUCUAAAAGUGACGCUUUACGAAAAAAAAAAAGAUAAACCCCGCCCCCAACUCACGCCAUUGGUCGAGUCAGUAUUAUAGUGUACAGUAGGACUAGGCUCGCUCUUUUCAUAAAACUGUUAAAACUUUACAUUCUUCAGCUUUAAAUAUAAAUAGGCCUACAAGUAAAAUUAUCAAAGCUUGAAUGUGAAUGAAUUUAAAUGCAUUAUUCUGCAUUAUAAUUUUUAUUAAUGAUUAUUAAGUCAUUAUAAAGUGUAACCGAAUUUUUUACAUUUAAUUUUUUUAUACCAUCAACCUAUAUUUGAAACCAAACUCUCCAAGCAUGAGUUUAUUAAUGUAAGUGUGUCGACUAGUGUGUGCGAAGUGCCAAGAUGAAAGUCACUCGAGCCUAAUGCAAAUGCUUUACAACACUGUGAAUGAACCGAAGGGUUAACAGAAAUCUCUCUCACAGCCUAAAACCAUAUCCAUGCUGUUCAUCAUCUACACUGACCUGGAAUAUUAACAGUGAAACGUAUAAGAGUUGAGAGGAUUUUAUGACUAAUUAAUUGAAUAAUCAGUCAUAAUGACAUGGUCGUUUAAGAAAUAGAGCUUUUUUUUUUUUUUUUUCAAUGUAAAAUGUCUUCGCUUUUAGGUUUACACCCUUCGGUUUUUUUUAAAUUAAAUCUUUUUCACAACAUUCAUCAGUAUUUAUAUAAAUGAAUUAUAUACAUUUAAUUUUUUUUUUUAUUAAAGACCAGCUUUAGAGAUCUAGAAAGGUAUAUUGUGUUGAUAAUACAAUCUAACAAAAGCACAUUUGAAACUUUUCUUGAAACAGAUAUAUUUUAAAGACAAUAUAAGCAGGCAUAAAAGAGUCAUAAGCCUAUUAAAUGUUUUUAUUUAUUUUUUACCAUAAGAGGAGAGAUGCAUUAUUAUUUUCAAAUACUCAAAUUAUUCAUUUUUUUAAAUAUCAAAGACACUUCCUAUUUGAAAAAAGCUAUUAUGAAAUAAACAUCGCUACACAUUAUGUCUUUGAAAGCGGUUUGCCUGAAAUAAAGUUUGAAUAUGUUUUACCCAUUUUAUGUUUGAUUACUAUUCACAAAUCACUACUGUG